GCAAGCGCGCUGUUGAACAUUAUGAGCGUUAAAUUAUGAGCGUUACGUUCCGAUAUAAAGGAGCUUGCGAGUGUAAGAAGCGUAUUACUGCGGCGAGGCACGCUGCCACGUUGAGAUGAACGUCAUCCUAAUUCCGUUCUUCCUAGCGGCCAACGUGGUCGUCAACGACACCACGGAAUGGGCGUACGGGCCGGAAUAUUCGUACAACGUGAACAUGACCUAUGUGAUCAAGUCGGACCCGGCGGAGCCGGCCGGCACGAUGCAGCUGAUGUCCUCGGUGAAGUGCCAGCCGAAGGUAUCGGAGAACAGCUUGCUCUGCCGCCUGCGCAACUCCACGACUAUGAUGUCCUUGAGGAAGGACAACACGAGCCGCGAGGUCGAGACCGAGCAGAUGUUCGAGAUCAAGUUUAACGAGCGGGGCGUGGAGAGCCUGCUGAUCGAGCCGCCGUCUCGCAUGGAGGUCGUCAACUUCAUCCGCAAGAUCGCCAAUCAGCUGAGCGUGGGCGCCGACAUGAAGCGGAAGAUCGGCAUGCCGCAGUUCAUGGCUCGCGAGAACACCUCGAUGGGCGACUGCGCGACCAUGUACAGGAUCACGCGCGAGGAGCUGGCCGAAUCGCCGCCGGAGCCGCCGGAGUCGCCCGAGCUCGCGGAAGACGCCGACUUCCAGCUGGUGGUGCUGCCGAUGGCGGACGCGCGGCCCGGCACGAGCCUCACCAUCGAGAAGUCCAGGAUGGGCUGCAUCAAUUCGCCGCGUUACGUCGACUUCUCCAUGGGGAUCCUGAAGAUGGGGAGAUUCUUCAGCAGGAUCUACGUCGACGGCGCGGACCGAUUUGAGACCUACACCGAGUUGGACGGGAAACUGAGAACGGAAUCCUUGUCGUCCAGGAUAAUCACGUUCAAGAGCCUGCUGCGGGUCAGCCUGGAGAGCAUCGAGCCCGCGCAGGAACCGCUCCCGUCCAUCCUCUACGGCGAGUUGAUCGAUCUAAACAUGAACAAUGAUAUACCGAACAACAUGAUAGACUAGGGACGAGCGGGGAACACGCGCUCGGCGCGCCGUAUUUGUAGACAAACCUGUAGCGCUUGCAGUCUAAACCCGACCAAGGAAAGCAACUGUACGGGGAACAUUUAAUAGAACACGGCAUAUAAUAUAUAAACAAUAAAUGCAAUUCAGGCAUUCCUUCCGAA